UGAGUAACAUUUUGGAAAAUAUGUACUUUUUAAGUAAAAUUAAAAGUGUGUACUUUUACUCUUACUUGAGUAAAUUUCUAAUAGAAAAUCUGUACUUUUACUUCGUUACAUUGCGUGACGUUCCUUCGUUCCUUCAUUUUAAAAUAUGCUUUUUAAAACGCGUUGUUUAUUUCAAGGUUGUCGUCUCUUUUUACGGGCAUUCCCGAGUGAUCGAUUCUUUUGAGUCGAUUCUUUUGAAAGCAUUAAUUGAACAAUGGGCAAAACCAUUUGAAUAGGCUAAUGAAUCAGUUCAAAUGAUUUGUUCAGUUCGCAGCACGAUCUGAAUCAUCUGAAGCAGGAUUACUCACUCCUCGUAGCGCGAAACUUAAGAACACGCAGAACACAAAGAGCGUUGGAUGAAGUGGAUAUUAAUCUAUACAUAUCUAUACAAUCAAAACUGCAAAUGUGUCAUAUUGUUUGCCAGCAAUGAUAAAUGCCCUCCAUUUGCGCGCACCCGCACGACCUGUUCGUCAGACACAGCAACAUGCGCGUUACCUGUCAGACACAGAGACGUGGGCUUGCAGAAAUAUACAUUUGAAGAACAGAAGGAAGAAAACUUGUUGAUGGGCGUGUGGUUCACUGUUUACUGUUUGUUUACAACAUGAAAAGAACUUUGUGCGGGUUUCUACAGUCAGAAAGCACAUGACAGGCUUGACAGUUAUUGUCCAUUUCCACAGAUACAUCCUCAGACAAGGAGGAGCUGUGGAAAAGUCCUACUGCACGAUAAUUAGGUGACGUCAUCGGGGAGGAUAUAAAAAGGCUUUGACGCAGCAAUGGCGUCUCUCUCGGUUCUCCAUUCCCAUUGCUCUCGUGGAGGUCUCUCCCAGCGCCUCUUUGGAUUAUUUUUGUUUUGUUUUAUUAUGCUUGGAUUUUCGGUAAUAACUUCGUUUUCUUUUUAACUUAGCAGCAGCGGGUAAAGUAUUUAUUUUUAGGUCACGUUUUGUUUAUUUAGUUAGAGCUGAGCUAGGGAAGCAGUUGCCCGGAAGACUCACCUGGUUGAUAUUCUUUUUUCGGAAGCCAGGCAGGCCAUGUAUGCAGUUAUUACUUUGCAAGAUUCUAAGGAAGUGAUGGUGGCAGCAUCAAAUUGGUUGAGCCUAUACAAGACAAAAUGUCACUGGCUCCCAUUCAGAUCACCAGAGAAGUUUACAGAAGCUGUUAGAAACAGACUUGAGCCUUUAGCAGAAUGGGAGAUGUUAAAUAUUCAAUGUCAUGGAGAAUAUGGUAACACUCAAGAUAUUUGAAUAUUUGUAGCAAAACAAGCGGGCAAACAAGGAACACCUGAGAAUAAGUAAGACUGAACAAAUAAUCAAAGAAACUACAAAGAACUACAAAAUGACAUGGGGAAACAGGAACUCUGGAAAACAAACUAAGUCCAAAAGACAGGGUAACAGACUGAAUCGUGACAGAGCCCACCCCUUAAGAGCAGCUUCAAGACACUCACAAAAGGUGAAGUGGAGGCGGAACAGGGGGAGGGAUGGAGGGCCAGGCCCAUGAAGGGGAACAGUACCUGGGCCGUGGAGCAGAGGCGGAAGCCUGGGCCGUGGUGCAGAGGCGGAAGCCUGGGCGAGGCGGCCAUCUUGACAGCGGGCUCAGGCUUGGCGGCCAUCUUGGCAGCAGGCUCUGGACUGGCGGCCAUCUUGGCAGCAGGCUCUGGACUGGCGGCCAUCUUGCGAGCGGGCUCUGGACUGGCGGCCAUCUUGCGAACAAGUUCUUCCUCAUCUACUUCUCUCACAUUGAAGGAGGAACCACCCAGUAACAGGGCCUGCUCCACAAAAUUUAGAAAGCAUCCUUGAGGAUGAAUGCUGGGAAGUUGAGUUUUGAUAAGGUCAUUGAGACUGUUACGGUAAAAAAACAUUAGUGACUGGAAAGUCUGUUUGGUGAACAAGAUUCAAAAAGUCCUGUUUGUGCUCCUCAAGGGAGCGGUAGCCCUGGCGCAGCAUUAAAAGUCGACCCCCCAGUGGGCAUUCUGCUGCUGGAUCCAUUGCUGGUCAGUCGUUCUGUAACAACAAGUAAUCCAGGCAGGGAAGCAGAUCCACAUGCAGUAGCAGAUUUUAUUAAACAUAAGACAAAGUAACAAAAUAAUAGUUAUGUGACAUUUGCCACCGAGGCUUCAAAGCUUGUAUAAAAAAACGAAGCAUCUCACAGUGAAACCCUGUACCGGAGCUUGAUUCGUUUUGCCAUAACAAUGUGAUCAGUGAGGUCCGAAGCUUCGUUUUCACACAUACAGUACUGACAUGACUGCUUCGUAUUCUGAUUCAAGAAAUUCACGAACCCUCAACCCUUGACUCACGCAGGUCUCGAUUGUCUUUUUCGCUUCAGUAGUGAAUUGGGACUACAACUGUCACCAGGGGCGGAUUAAGCCCCUAGGCUGCUCUUUGGGUGAGGCCCCCCUUAGGUGCCUUUCACGCUUGCAGUUUAGUUUGGAACGGAGCACGGUUUACAUGAAAAGCCGCUAAUGUAAAAGCUGUCACGCGAACUCAGGUGAGCACCAUGGUACCGAACCCUGUGCAUGCGCUUUAGCCAAUUACAAUUUAUUCAUUAAAACACAUGUUAGAAAUGAUAGCGUUGGUAAUUUACCUUGGAUUUGAGCAAGAGUGAGCCUGCAUUGUUUUGCGCGUUGCGAGUGGAAUCAGAGCGGCAAAUGAAUGGUAAUACGACGUUUCCAGAUUUAAAAACAGUCCUGAUAAAUAGUCUGUUUGCAAGCAGCAGAAAGUAGUGGUGGGCGAUACUGUAAAAUUUGGUAUCGAUCCGGGCCAGUAUUGCCGAUAUCGAUACCAAUACUUUUUACUUUUAGAAGCAUUCACUUGAACUUACAUUUACUUUCCUGUAGAUGAAGUGUCAUGAUUUAUCAGAUGAAUGUAUCAUUAAAGGAUUCAUAUUGCACAGCUAAAACAAAUAUUAUUGUUUGUUUUAGAUGUAAUGCAAUGUGUAUACCCGAUUCAAGCUUCAAAAACGCUGUAUUUUCCACAUACCGUGCAUGUUUGUAUCUCCUCUUUGCCCCGCCUCUCUGAAACGCGCAGAUUUUUUACAAAGCUCAUCGCUCUGAAAAGCGAGGUGUGCUAUGAUUGGCCAGUUCACCAGUGCAUAGUGAUUGGUCAAAUACUGCAAGCAUUUCACGGAAAUGUAACGCCUCUUACCAUAUUCGGAACAUCAGGUUCCAAAGCAAUUGUACUGACAGGUGAUACAAUGAGAUUUACAAUUACGCCCACCUUAACUACGUGUAGAUUUGGACGGUCUUAGUCAAAUCAUGUUACGAAGUUACGUAGAUUCGCCAGGGUGUGGUUACACGAGGCGUUUCAGGCAAGUCUGGUUGAGCAUUCGCUUUUAGAUAGAAUGCAUCUUUUGUUCCCACACUUUCAUUUGUGCAAUUUUACGUGUCUAAUACAUGCAUGGGCAACUUAUAACACACCAAAAACACAGAAAAACACGUACUUCCGCCAUAUGACCCCUUCAAAAGAACUCCAGGUAUUAAGACAUAUAUGGCUUAAAAAAAUGAAAAUUAUGUCUCUUAAUGAAAUAUGUAUUAGAAAUCUACAUAUGAUUUGAGAUAUUUAAGAAAUCUGCAUCGUCUUUUGCAUAUUUUUCACUCUGGUCGCAGCCAUUUUUUGCUGACGUCACAUGGUUGCUGCACAGUGAGCACCCUGUAAGUAGAACACAACUCGGAAUAAAAAAUACUGAUACGAUGCCACAUUGUGCUGCUAUUGGGUGUAAUUUUCAGUCGAAGGGCAACUAGACAACCGACAUAAGCCUUCACAGCGAUCCCAGCUACAAGAAAAGGAGAAAACAAUGGGAGCAUAAAUGUGGGCGAACAGAACUUCCCAUAGACCCGCGUCUUUGUUCUCGCCACUUUAGCCCUGAUGACUUUGAGGCUUGUAAUAGACCACAGCUAAUGAAAGAGCUUAAAGGUGGCCGUGGUUAUAAGCGAAGGCUUAAAACGAAUGCUGUACCAUCUAUUUUUCCCCACAAGGAGUGUAAAGCCCUAGGUUAACGAGUGAAGACAAGAAAUGCUAGAUGCUAUGCUGCUAGGAUGGAAACGCUAUGCUGCUAGGAUGGAAACACGAUGCUGCCACCACUGAAGGAGAAAGUUAGAGCUUUUUCGAGGAGGAACCGCACGAUUUGUCAGUUCCCUAUCGAGAGCGGUCUCUCGACAUUGCGGAAGCUUCCUCAUAUGGGAACUCCUCCCUUCUCACCUCUCCUGAAGUCUUAUUGGAUAACGCCAGUGAAACUGGCCAAUUGUCGCGCUCGCAACCAAAUGUAAUUACUGGCGACCCGAGACAGUAUGAAUACAGUGCACAGCGACAAUACCUCAGAAUCUUCUCUUUCACGCUGCCAUCGUUGAUAUCGUCAGAAGCUUCUUCAUCCGAUGGCCGCCUUCUGUUGUCUUUGCGCGGGUCCCAUUGACCCGCAGGAUAUGCACGAACAUUGCAUUGCCUGCCUGGGCCUGGCCCACGCUGAGGCGGCGUUCGGAGAGUCCGAUUGCGCGCACUGUGCUGACCUGCCGGCGCGUGUCUUGAGGACUCACAGGAACGUUGCUUGAGGAUUAUUCGGGUCGAGGCCCACUGCCCACCCAUGCCACGUGGUGGCGGCGGCGACGACGACCCGGCUCAGGGCUGCCGUCCUCUGUCGUCGCCUCGUUCCCCGGUCAUUUUCACUGAGGAGAGCCUUCGUCCCCCUCCCGCCGUUGCGGAUGCCAUUUCCUUCGGCCUCGACGAGGAAGACGACGACUCUAUGUCCAUCUUGGCCUCGGUGAAGGACUGGGCGGAGUCGGAGCAGGACCGCACCGACUCGGAGAGCACCUCAGACCUCCAGGAGGAGUUCGUGAGGGUGCUGGAAAAGGCCGUUAAGGAGCUCGACCUUAGCUGGAGCACCCCGGAGGAGCCAGCUAAAAGUAAGCUCGAUUCCUGGUACAUUCAAGCGGGCCGCCGCCAGGCUGCACCGAAGAGCAGUACUCCUUAAUUCCCUGAUGUGCACGAGCACGUGGUUAAGUCGUGGACGGCCCCUCAAUCGGCGUGAGUCCACGCUGCCACACAGGCUAUGUUCGCCCACGUGGACGGGGCGGAGGCCCACGGCUAUACCCGCAUGCCGCCCGUGGAGGAGACCCUCGCUGCACAUCUGUGCCCCUCCUCCUCUUCGCUGAGCGCGGGACAAGGUCUGCCGUCGAAGCCGUGCAGGUUUACCGCCCACCUCGCUGACAAGGCGUACACCUCCGCCGGGGAAGCAGCCUCUGCGCUGCACUCGAUGGCGGUUCUACAGGUCUUUCAGGCGAAGAUCCUGCAGGCGCUGGAUGGGGGGCGCCUUGGAUGCAGACGCUGUGAAGGACCUGAGGGCAGCGACGGACUUCGCGCUGAUGACGACGAAGCGCACCGCACAGGCUAUCGGCAGGUCGAUGGGCUUCAUGGUCGUCCUUCACCGCCAUUUGUGGCUGACGCUGGCGGACCUCAAGGACGCUGACCAGAAGUCACUGCUCAACGCUCCCAUUACUCCCUCUGGUCUCUUCAGGGAUGUCGUGGAGUCGGAACGCUUCGCGGAGGCGCAGAAGCACGCAAAAGCCACGAGCCACGUGCUUCCUCACCGUUCGUUGCAGCCGGCGCCGAGAGCGAGAGCCUCGUCUGCUUCACGCUCUUCCCACAGGCUGGCUAAGUAGGCUUCGGCUCCCCGAGACCCUGGGCCGGACGUCCGGCCUAAGCAGUGGUCUGCCCCAGCUAGGAAGAAGUACGGGCAGAAGAGAGGACAUCGAGGCGAUAGCGGAUCGUCUUCGGCUGCCAAGCCGCCUUCCUGACGGGUCUGCAGAGAGGGGGGCGAGUUCGUGAGCGGACCGGUGCUCAAGCGGCGCCGUUUGCAUCUUGUUUCCCCCACUGUUGCGGGCGAUUGUUGCAAUGCUCAUAAUGUUGUGUGUGUAAAUGUAUUAAAAGCACUUACCUCCUCACAAAAGGAGCUCUCUCCCCUUCACUCACACCACACUGUGUCCUCUGCCCUGCCACGGUGCAGCGCGAAGCCACAGUUAGAAUACGCUAUAACCGGCAUCCCCUCACCCACGGUAUCUCCUGGAGCCUCACGCGCUUCACAUUCCCCCGCCAGUGCAAUUAGCCUCGCGAGGGCAGAGCGCGUCUCCGGAAUAUCAGCAAGCUGUAUCGCCCGAGGUAAUUUGGCCACUAUGCAUGUUUCUGAAUGCGUGGAAAGCCAUUCCGGGUAUCUCUCCGUGGCUGCUAAAUGUGAUAGAACACGGGUAUUCCCUUCAGUUCAGACGCAGGCCCCCCGGCUUCAGCGGAGUUGUCUUGUCACUCACAUUGCCGUGCAACGCUCCGGUGCUGAGACAGGAGAUUCACAGCCUGCUCAGAAAAAGAGCGAUAGAGCGGGUUCCUCCAAGUGAGGUAGAGUGCGGUGUUUCUACAGCCGGUAUUUUGUGGUGCCCAAGAGAGAUGGCGGACUCCGUCCUAUUUUGGAUUUGAGACCGAUCAACCGAGCGCUUCACAAGAGGGCGUUCAGAAUGAUUACGCUAAAUCAGAUCCUGGCGCAAGUUCGUCCCGGGGACUGGUUUGCGUCCGUGGAUCUGAAGGAUGCAUAUUUUCACGUUCAGAUACACUGCGUUCCAAAUUAUUAUGCAAAUUGGAUUUAAGUGUCGUAAACAUUUAAUUUUAUAUUGUUCAAUUAAACUUAUGGAUGGUAUUGUGUCUCAGUGCUCUUUGGAUCACUGAAAUCAAUCUCAGACACCUGUGAUAAGUAGUUUGCCAGGUGAGCCCAAUUAAAGGAAAACUACUUAAGAAGGACGUUCCACAUUAUUAAGCAGGCCACAGGUUUCAAGCAAUAUGGGAAAGAAAAAGGAUCUGUCUGCUGCCGAAAAGCGUCAAAUAGUGCAAUGUCUUGGACAAGGUAUGAAAACAUUAGAUAUUUCACGAAAACUUAAGCGAGAUCAUCGUACUGUGAAGAGAUUUGUGGCUGAUUCAGAGCACAGAAGGGUUCGUGCAGAUAAAGGCAGAAUGAGGAAGGUUUCUUCCAGACAAAUUCAUCGGAUUAAGAGAGCAGCUGCAAAAAUGCCAUUGCAAAGCAGCAAACAGGUAUUUGAAGCUGCUGGUGCCUCGGGAGUCCCGAAAACCUCAAGGUGUAGGAUCCUCCAGAUGCUUGCAGUUGUGCAUAAACCUACUAUUCGGCCACCCCUAACCAAUGCUCACAAGCAGAAACGGUUGCAGUGGGCCCACACAUACAUGAAGACUAAUUUUCAAACAGUCUUGUUUACUGAUGAGUGCCGUGCAACCCUGGAUGGUCCAGAUGGAUGGAGUAGUGGAUGGUUGGUGGAUGGCCACCAUGUCCCAACAAGGCUGCGACGUCAGCAAGGAGGUGGCGGAGUCAUGUUUUGGGCUGGAAUCAUGGGGAGACAGCUGGUGGGCCCCUUUAGGGUCCCUGAAGGUGUGAAAAUGAACUCUGCAAGGUAUGUAGAGUUUCUGACUGAGCACUUUCUUCCAUGGUACAAAAAGAAGAACCAUGCCUUCCGUAGCAAAAUCAUCUUCAUGCAUGACAAUGCACCAUCUCAUGCUGCAAAGAAUACCUCUGUGUCAUUGGCUGCUAUGGGCAUAAAAGGAGAGAAACUCAUGGUGUGGCCACCAUCCUCCCCUGACCUCAACCCUAUUGAGAACCUUUGGAGCAUCCUCAAGCGAAAGAUCUAUGAUGGUGGGAGGCAGUUAGCAUCAAAACAGCAGCUCUGGGAGGCUAUUCUGACAUCCUGCAAAGAAAUUCAAUCAGAAACUAUCCAAAAACUCACAAGUUCAAUGGAUGCAAGAAUUGUGAAGGUGAUAUCAAAGAAGGGGUCCUAUGUUAACAUGUAACUUGCCCUGUUAGGAUGUUUUUGAUUGAAAUAGCUUUUGAUUUCAGUAAAUAUGACCUCCUAAUGCUGCAAAUUCAACAAAUGACCAUUUUCAGUUUUUUACAACCUAUGAAAUGUUUUCAAACUCUGUUGUGCAUAAUAAUUUGGAACAGUGCAUUUUGAGUUUUUCAUUUUUUAAAUAAAUACUGUUGUCAGUGGGAGGUUUGUUCAAUAAAAUUCCAAAUGUACCCUAACUGUUUAUUACUUGAAAAUUAUACUGACUGUCAUUUGCAUCGACAAAUUAGGAAAACCAGAGAAAGAUAUCAUUUGCAUAAUAAUUUGGAACGCAGUGUAGCUCAGAGGCACCGGCGCUUCCUGCGGUUCGCGUUCGACGGAGCGGCGUUCCAGUUUGCUGUGCUGCCGUUCGGACUGGCAUUGGCUCCACGCACGUUCUCGAAAUGCGUGGACGCAGCGCUUUCCCCUCUCAGAGCGAGUGAUAUGCGCAUUCUAAACUAUCUGGACGACUGGCUGCUUCUAGCCCAUUCACGAGAUGUGCUUGUCAGUCAUACGCAGACGCUGCUUCGUCACUUGUCAUCCCUGGGGCUGCGGGUGAACGUGCCGAAGAGCAAGCUUCUGCCGAGUCGGUCCAUAACAUAUCUAGGGGUAUGUUUCGACUCAGUGGAGAUGCGUGCCCGCCUCUCUCAGGAGCACUUGGAGUCCAUCUCUGCCGCACUGCGCGCCUUCAGCCUGGACCGGUCUGUUCCGCUGAGGGUAUUUCAGAGACUUCUGGGACUGAUGGCGUCAGCAUCACCAGUCUGCCACCUGGGUCUUUUGCACAUGCGUCCUUCUGCAGCUGUGGCUAAAGACUCAAGUUCCUGGAGAGCAUGGUCCUCGGGUCGUGCGCGCGUGCGGAUAACUCACAGAUGCCUCAGCGCUUUGGAACCGUGGCGCGACUUGAGCAUGUUCAGCCAGGGCGUUCCCCUGGGGCUUGUGACAACGCGCACGGUGGUAACGACGGUUGCGUCUUCCUCGGGCUGGGGUGCAGUGUUCGAAGGCAGGCCGGCGUUGGGUCUGUGGUCGCCGUCUCUGAGCAGUUGGCACAUAAAUCGGCUGGAGCUGAUGGCGGUGUUCUUAGCUCUGCAGACUUUUCGGCCUCAGCUGAUGCAGCGUCAUGUACUGAUUCGCACCGACAACACAUUUGUGGUUUCGUACAUCAAUCGCCAAGGAGGGGUCCACUCCAGAGCCCUUUUCGAGUUGGCUGCGAGGCUGCUGCUGUGGGCAGACCAGCACCUGCUUUCCAUCAGGGCAGCACUUAUCCCUGGUCAUUUGAACUGCGGAGCGGAUAUGCUCUCGAGGGGAGGUCUUUCCCAAGGGGAAUGGAGACUUCACCCCGACUCAGUACGGAUGAUCUGGGAUCGCUUCGGGAAGGCGGAGGUGGAUCGGUUUGCGACGAGUGAGAACGCACACUGUCCGCUGUUCUUCUCGCUGCUGCGCUCCCCCAGGGAGACGGACACCCUGACGACGCGCUGGCCGGACACCCGGCUUUACGCUUUUCCUCCGGUGAAGAUUCUGCCCCUUGUGCUGUGCAAGAUCAGAGAGGAGAGAGCAUCGGUGAUCCUCGUUGCUCCGUUUUGGCCGAAUCAGCCGUGGUUCCCGGACCUGAGAGAGUUACUGGUGUCCUCUCCGUGGCGGAUUCCCCUCAGGGGCGACCUGUUAUCUCAGGCGAACGGCUCGAUUUGGCACCCCAACCCGGAUUUGUGGAGCCUCCAUGCCUGGCCGCUUCAGGGGUCUUAGAACCCCUCCCUCAGAGAGUGCUUGACACUAUUGCGGAGUCUCAGGCGCCUUCCACUAGAUGCUUAUAUGCUCUGAAAUGGGAUGUAUUUAAGAAGUGGUGUAUUGAGUGCGGUAUAGACCCGGUGUCAUGACCCGUGUCUGAUGUUUUACGCUUUCUACAAUACAGGAUGGACAAUGGUGGCCUCCCAUCCACGCCGAAGGUUUAUGUGGCUGCUAUCGCCUCGUUUCAUUCCCCGGUUGAUGGGCAAUCGAUCGGUAGGCAUGCAUUGGUUGUCAGAUUUUUGAGAGGAGCUCGGAGGCUGUUUCCCUCGCGAUCUCCUUCAGUAUCCCCGUGGGAUUUGUCUCUGGUGCUGAGGGCUCUCUCUCUGCCCCCAUUCGAGCCGUUGGAAGCUGCUUCUAUAAGGGAGCUCUCUCUUAAAGCCGUUCUCCUUCUCGCUCUUGCUUCGGCAAAACGCAUAGGGGAUUUAUGUGCGCUUUCUAUUGGCGCGGAUUUAAUUUGUUUUGGGGCCGGCGACUGCAGCGUCACUCUACGGCCGAAAGCGGGUUAUGUGCCUAAGUUCCUGUCUACCCCGUUCAGAGAGCAGGUUAUUUCGUUGCCAGCUUUGUCUUCCGAGUCGUCUGCCUCGUGUGAUGCUGACGCUCAGAGGGCUGUGUGUCCGGUUAGGGCUUUGAGGGCUUACAUUCACCGUACGGCCGGGUUUCGGCUGUCUGAUCAGCACUUUGUGUGCUACGGCGGGGGGACUAAAGGUCGGGCUGUCUCUAAACAGAGGCUCUCUCACUGGGUGGUGGACGCUAUCAACCUGGCGUAUGAGAGUCAAGGGCAGGCCUGCCCUUUCGGCGUCAGGGCUCACUCAACUAGGGCUGUUGCCUCUUCGUGGGCUUGGGCUAGAGGCGUUUCUAUUAAGGACAUCUGUUGUGCGGCUGGCUGGUCUUCACAGAACACCUUCACCAGAUUCUACAGGCUGGAUGUAUCCUCCAAAGCCUCGCAUGUCCUCUCGGUGAGUACGGACAGCUCAAUGUUACCUAGUUGCUGAUCUCCUAUAUUGUGCAGUUGUUACCGUGUUACUGUUAACUCUGUGCUUGGUGUUACUGGACUUGCAUUAUAUCUGCCCGGGUUUCCGUGCUGACUUUUACUAUUGUGGUGUCUGCCCUGUCUCAGUGCAGCCCGCUCAUUUCUUUGGCUGAGAUAUGCAAAUCUUGUAGAAGACCGUUCUUGCAGCUCAUUGGUCUGUCUCAGCCAAUCAGCUGCGGGCCCUUCAAGACGACUUCGCGAUUGGUUCAUCUGUGUGCUUAACACUGGUGAAUGUAUGCGGUCGGUGUACGGCUGUCUUGCUACUCUCACGGCGGGAUUGUACACAGUUCCCAUAUGCGGAAGCUUCCGCAAUGUCGAGGGACCGCUCUCGAUAGGGAACGUCUCUGGUUACUGUCGUAACCUCGGUUCCCUGAGAAGCGGGAACGAGACAUUGCGCUAGCCGCCGUGUUCGUCGCGUGUCAGCCUUGGAGGCGUUCUAUCGCAGAUUCUGAGGUAUUGUCGCUGUGCACUGUAUUUACACUGUCUCGGGUCGCCAGUAAUUACAUUCGGUUGCGAGCGCGACAAUUGGCCAGUUUCACUGGCGUUAUCCAAUAAGACUUCAGGAAAGGUGAGAAGGGAGGAGUUCCCAUAUGCGGAAGCUUCCUCAAUGUCUCGUUCCCGCUUCUCAGGGAACCGAAGUUACGACAGUAACCGGAGACGUUUCACUGCUGUCAGUAAGUGUACAGUGUUGUUCAGUUAUGAUUCAUGCAACAACGCAGACGGAUGUUAACAAGUCUGACGCAGCGGUAUAGUACAGUGGUCAGUCAGUGGAUGUUAGCGAGUCAUUUAGUUACAUGUGUGGUUCGAUCCGAAAACGUACCUUGAACAGCUAACGCUACAGCGAAAAAAUUGCAGCUCCUUAAAGCAAACGCUCUCCCUCUCGGUUAGCAUCGGUAAGCAAUAUCCACAAAGACACCAUCCAUUUUGAGCCACUCUCCGAUCUUUUUCGUUUUGAUUAUAUUGAUACUGAAUGUCUUCAGUGUUUCCAUCCUCAGUAAUUUCGCGCUCUGGCUCAAAUAGAAAAGGCUGAACAGAUGACAUUUUUGUAAUAUAGCAGUAUCAUAAUAACGAAGCAUAGAUCAACGCAACCAUUCGACGUCACUUCCCAAAAUGCAUUGCGAUGUCAACAACAAUGGCGGCUUACUACCGCCGAUCUUUUUUACAAUUUUUUUAACGACUAAGCCAUAUUUCUUAUAUUGUACAUGGUAUCAGUAUACGUUGGGGCAACGGUAAUCUAAUAAGGCAUACAAGUCUUAAUACCCGGAGUUCCUUUUCAAUAUGCUAAAUCUGAAUACAUUUUCAUGACCACUAAAAUAUAUUGUGAUUUGUGCUCUUAAUGUGCCUGUAGGAAAAUGAAUCAUGUGCAUGUUAACACAGUACAUAUUUUAAACCAAAUAUAUUUAUUUAUUACUGUAAUAGAAUUUGCAAACAUGAACUUUGCACCAAUUUAUUAAUGGAAAAUAGUCAUAAUAACAGAUUGACAGGGCAGAAAAACAAUAUAUAACAAAAAAAUUCUCCCUAUCCCAGUACUACUUCUCUAACUUUAAAAAAAUCAAAGUGCACAAAAUUAUUACUGAAGUACAAAGAUUUUAAACUUCUUUUCCGUUUUUGUUCAGUGUUAUAUUUAGACACACUAAUUGCACAAAUUAACAUGUCUCCCUUUCAUUACACUUUUUUAAGUGAAUUUAUGAACAAAGUGCACACAAUUGUUUGAAAACAAAGUAAAUAAAGUGCUUAAGUAAUAAAGUACUUUAACUCUCAAUCUUUGGCUUUUUAACCCCAAAGCCCUACUGCCAUACAUCGCAGUGUUUUUAUUCACGGCAGUGAAAUAACUCCACACGAUGCUCCUCUUCUUUCUCCUCUGCUCAAAUAUAUUAAUAUUAACAAGAUGCACCACUGCUGUUACGAUGAAUGGGGAGGAAUGACAGCCUGUGCGCAGGCGCAGAUUUUUAGCGCAAUAUUUUUUAUUUAAGCUUAGCAAACCAAAGUUAUGGUACAUGUUUAACUAUUGAUCGGACAUAUGCUGUUUAGUUGUGCUUUUUGCCAGCAAUUUUAGAAAUAUCUACCUUCCCCCAUUCAAGUAGAUAGGCCUGUGGACUUACGUGCGUGGCCGUAAAUAGCUGCCCAGGCGUUGCAAACAUGGCCGCCGAGUGGCACGACUUGCGUAAACGGACUUUGCUCUGCUUGCGCUUGGCGCUGCUGAGUCAUGUGAUGGCGGACAACAAAAGACAGCAGCGCAGAGAGGAGCAACGUGUGCAAAACUAUAUCUAUAUAAAAAAGGUUUUCUAUAUUAUACAAUUAUUAGCUACAUUAGUGUUGUGUUCUUCUGUGCAUGUUGACCAGUAGGUGGCGGAAGAAGUUUGUGUGAUGUGUAUGUUGAGAAGAGGGGAGUAGAGUAAGAAGUGUUCCAACUGCUGCUGCAUGCGCUGUAUUGUUCUACUACUUGAUUUGAUUAAAAUAAAGUAUUCUUUAUUUUCGUAUGCCUCCUCAUUGCUUCCUACUAAGGACAUAACAAUUAGUAAAUAAAU